UUUAAUUUUAUAUCUAUUUUUACUGCCUUCAGCUGUAACCACUUGCAAGAGGAAUUCAAAUCAUUAUUCCACUUGUUUGAAGCACGCUAUGGAAGAAGCAUGGCCACGAUUUAUGGCAGGACUUCCAGAAUAUAAUUUUCCACCUUUAGAUCCAUUAUUUUACGAAUACGGUAGAGUUUCAUUUGGGCCAGGUAUAGUAAAUGGAGAAUUAAUUGUGUCAAAUGUCACUCUUAUCGGUCUAUCAAAUUCUCGUGUAGUUGAUGUAACUACGCAUUAUUUUAAUAAUACUUUCCACUUGGACUUGGAUAUAAAGUUACCAACGUUAUUUAUCAAAGGCGCUCUGGACAUAGAUGGUACUAUAAGUCUAAUCAGAAUUGUUAAUAAAGGCGACUUUAAUCUAACAGCGGAAGAUGUCAUGGAAUCAUGGAAAAUAGCAGGCCAUGUAAUAAACGAUACGUGGGUUGUAGAGCAGUUCCAUCUUGUACCGUCAUUUAAAAAAUUUAAAGUAUAUCACAAAAGUAAACCGUUAUACAACGAAAGACUUGCUAAUUUUGUCGUAAAUUUUAUAAACCAAUUUUGGCCAAUAUUGUCUGAAGCGGCAUUGCCAUUCAUGAGCAAUUAUUGGGAUUCAUGGUCGGCUGAUGUAACGAAUAAGUUUUUCUCAAAAGUUUCUUUUUCAAAAAUAUUUCCAUAAAGUUUGUUUAUAUAUUAUGUCCGCAGAUUGUCAAAUUUCUUAUGUGAUACUCAACCCACAUUUAAUUCUACUAAUACAACAAAAGGUAUAUGAUUUGUUCCUCUGAAAUUUUAUAAUUCAAACUUUUCUUGUACUGCUGUU